AUGAGGGGGCGGAACCGGAAGCUCGGGGAAGCGGGAGGGGGUAAGCGCUGCGCCGGCGGUUGCCAGGGCGCCGCGGCGCAGUAUUAUGGGAUGCGGCGGGGGAACGGCGCGGGGCGCGUGAUUUUGAACAAACGCGGCGGCUCCUCGCGGGCACUGCCGCCGCCGCCGCCGGGCGCGACACCGGAGUGCGGCGCGGAGCGAGGAGGAGGAGGAGGCGGCGGCAGCGGAGCGCCCGCCCGCCCGGUGAGUGCCGAGGGGCGGGAAAGCGGCGGCGGGAGGGAAGGAGCGGCGGCCGGGAGCGGCGGGGCGCUGACAGCCGGCGGCAGGCCGCAGGCCCGGCCUGCCGCGGGACUGCGCAGCGAGCUGCGGGGAAGCGCCGCGCUCUGCCCUUCGGCGCGAGGGGCAGCGGCCCCUCCGUACCAGGGCGAGAGGACGGCUGCCGGGGGCAGGUGCGGCGGGGGCGGGCGGGCGGGCGGCGGUGACGGGGUGAAAAUGGCGGAUCUUUCGAAAUAG